CAGCAUGCCCUGGCUGUGCUGGUGGAGGUGAAUGAGGGGGCGGAGUCUGUCCUGCUGCCCUGUCAGUUCUCAGGUUUUAUACCUGAGGAGCCCACAGUGAUGUGGACUCGCAGUGAUCUGGAUCCCAAAUCUGUCCACCUGCUCCGAGAAGGAGGAGAUGAUCUUAGAGGACAAAACCAGCGUUACAGCGGACGCACAUCAGUGAGGUCUGAUGCUCUGGACUCUGGAGACUUCAGCCUCACUCUGAGGAAACCACAGCUGACUGACAGCGGCAGCUACACCUGCUCCAUCAGUAAUGGAAGACGUGAACGGAGACUGAGAGACAUCCAGCUGCAGGUCAAAGACCAGCAGGUGGAGGUGAAGGUGGAGGAAGGCUCAGAGUCUGUCAUCCUGCCCUGCAAAACAACACCUGACCUGCCCAAGGACACCAGGGUGGAGUGGACUCGCUCUGACAGAGAACUCAUGGUGGUCCAUGUGUAUUCUAAUAGAAGUGACCACCUUAAGAAGCAAGAUGAUCUUUACAGAGAGCGAACGAAGAUGAACAAUGACCUACUGGGAACUGGAGACCUCAGUCUGACCCUAAAACAGCCCACACAGAGAGACACAGGAGGAUACAUCUGCACCAUCUACAGGGACAAAGACAUCCUGAGACACAAAGUAGUGCUGCAGGUCAAAGAACCAUUUCCCUCCUGGGCCAUAGCUCUCCUGGUUCUCCUGGUUCUUCUUCUUUUGGUUUCUGGAGGUCUUUUAUUUCAUUUUAGGCACCAUUUCAUGGGCUUUGUUGACUGUCAGGUGAAGGUGGAGGAGGGGGCGGAGUCUGUCCAGCUGCCCUUCAAAACCACAGAAAACCUGCCUGAAGAUGCUGAAGUGCAGUGGGUACGCUAUAACCCAAAGAAGACAGUCCAUGUAUCUAAGAAAGACUCUGACCAGCCUGACAAACAGCACCAGGAUUACAGAGACCGAACAACGAUGAAUGAAGACCUGCUGAGAACUGGAGACCUCAGUCUGACCCUGAAACAGCCCACAGAGAGAGACAGUGGAGAAUACAGAUGUGUCGUCUAUGGAAUGAUCUGGAGAGGGAAAACAGUGCUGCUCAAAGUCAAAGGGAGAGUUCAGGUCCAGGAUCAAACAGAGGACAUCGGGAACAAAAGCCGCUCCACUGAUCCGACUCUUCUAUCAGCUGAGGGCUGUACAGUAUGAAGUGAG